CAGUCUGUUCUUUUCGAAUUUUGAUUUAUUUAAAUUCUUUCUUACUUAUUAUUCUUUGCUUGAUUAGGGAACUGUUCAAUUUGGGAUCUGUCCGACCCUUCCCACCUGUCUGCCCCCUACCUGUUCCUCCCCCUCCAGUCCGGGCACUGGGCCAGUCCGUCAGAUUGGCCCUCGAGUGACUCUUCAGACUUCGGGCACGGCAGUGCAUGACACUGCUCACUCGAUSACAGACCAAGGCCAUGGACCGGAAGGCGGGGGAAUCCCUCCUGAGCUACGAGGAACGCCUGGCGGCAUUCAUUCAAGAGGCCAACGAUAGGGCCGCCGCCGCGGCCAAGGAACGUCAGCAGCUUGAACAAGAGGAGGAGGCCAACCGACAGAAGGAGAAACAGGACCGACUUCGUCAAGAGGAGGCAGACCUGCAGGCGGCAGCUGAACACCGGUCACGCCAACGGGAACGACUGUUCACACGGGAAACCGUGAUCGGCGAUGAGGCCGCACGUUGGGUGGAAAUGGCAUCUACAGACGAGGCCCCGGAGACUGAAAAAGGGUUGUCAGCCCUUGCACAGGUCUCCCACGACCUCGUGGCCACCUGCGCUCUGCAGCAGGAGGAAAUCCUCCACCUGCAGCAGACAGUGGACCAGAUGCUCGCACGGCUGCGGGCGUUGGAAAAACAGCCAGCAGCCGUAGCAGCUGCAGGGCCUGCAAACCUUGCGACCCGUGUUCAAGUCUUGGAGGACGACGUCGGCAAUAUCAAGCGCGUGCAUCAGGACUUCAGGACGUCGCAGCAAGCAACGAACUUGCAGUUGGAGACGCAGGUCCAGGCGGCUGCCACCGUGACGCCCGCCGCCGCAUCCUCCAGGCGCCCACCCAAGCUAGAUGACAUUCCAGUCUUCUGCGAUCAGUCCAAGACGGAACCGAUCCCGUGGUGGCGCCAGUUUACUCUCCGGCUCGACAUGCACCAUGUCCCGAACAACGAUCGACAUCCGUGCUUGUACCAUCGAUCGGGUGGUGCGUGUCAAGCAUGGCUGGACAACAUCUUGACCAGCCACGGCGUAGCAGUGUCGGAACUACACACCAAGCUCACUUGGCAGGAGUUGACUGACGCCUGGCACAAGCGAUUCCAAGUGGAGCCGCCCGACCUGCAAGCGAUGGACAAGCUCAACAAGCUCCAUCAAAACACGCUGCUCAGUCAGGACUGGAUCACCGAGAAGGCGGCAAGCGGGAUUGCAACCCGUAAUCCGUGCCAAGGCCUUUGUGGGAGGUUCGCCCCACCGAUUGUGGGAGCUCUGUCUGGACCUAGGCGAGGCUCUGGAGGCAGGGACUAUCAGGUGUUGUACAGCGCUUCUGCUUGCCCAUUUGCCCUGGGAUGGUUUCCUGAUGUCAUCAGCAGCUGCGUUCCCUAUUCUGCAGCUGCGGCUUUCCAAGUUCACUUGUGAAUCGCACAUGACAGUCACUGGCUAUAGAUUUUGGCAGUCCAAAAUCUCUAACCCAGUUCUCUUUGAACAACUUAAUUACACAUUCGGUCUUAAUUGUUGCAGGCAUUGCGACUAACCUAGCGUACUUACUAAGUCUAUCCACGAUGAUAUAGACGUACCGCAUACCACUCUUCCUGGUGACCAGCGUAUCCAUGCAGUCCAUGGACAGGCUUUCGCCUGGCCUUUCCGAAAUCGGAAGGGGCUUCAAAAGCCCAAGAGGAGCCUGUGUACGUGGCUUGUCCCUCUGACAGACCUGACAAGUUUCCACGUACAGAUUCGCGUCUCUCAUCAUCAUGGGCCACCAGAACCGCUGCAACAAAUUGGUUGCAAUCUUCUUGAAACCAAAAUGGUCCGUGGCGUCAUGACACUCUCCUAAAAAUAAAUUGCGCAAAGACUC